AUCCAAAUACAAAUGCGCCUUUUCUAUAUAAAUAAUUUAUAUAUAUAAAAAUGUAAAAAUGUAAGCUUCUAUUCAUUCUCACGAAUUGAAUUCAAAGCGGUCCUCUCCUCUCCUCUCAUCUCAUCUCAUACAUACGCAAAGCAAAGCGGAAUCAUUCAACGAUCUCUGUCGGAAUCCUCCCUCGCAAAAGCGAAAGCGUUCGCAUCAUUUAUGCUUUUCGGUGCGCGAUUGUUGCAGGAUUUUCGAAAAUGAUGAUGAAGUUGGAGCAGCGACAAGGGGAGGAGGAGAACGGCGGUGGAAAUGGCGGUGUGUGGGAAGGAGUUGUCGAGACGGCGGAAGCGGUUGGAGGAGAUGCUGAUUGCGGCGGCGAGGAGGUGUUUUUCACUCCGCCGCUCAACUUUGCAAUGGUGGAUAAUGGUAUUUACAGGUCUGGAUUUCCGGAUACCGCGAAUUUCUCCUUCCUUCAGACGCUCAAUCUCCAGUCUAUUAUAUAUCUAUGCCCGGAACCAUACCCUGAUACCAAUGUUGAAUUUCUCAAAUCACAUGGGAUUCAUUUGUUUCAGUUUGGGAUCGAAGGAUGUAAAGAACCCUUUGUGAAUAUUCCAGAGGACAAAAUCCGUGAAGCACUUAAAGUAGUUCUUGAUGUCAAGAAUCAUCCUUUGUUGAUUCACUGCAAGCGUGGGAAGCACCGAACCGGCUGCCUUGUUGGGUGCUUGAGGAAAUUACAAAGAUGGUGCUUGAGUUCCGUGUUUGACGAGUACCAGCGCUUUGCAGCAGCCAAAACUAGAGUUUCAGAUCAAAGGUUUAUGGAGAUGUUCGAUGUGUCCUCAUUCCGGACAUUCUCCAAUCCAAUCUCGAGGUACAACCAGUAGCAGUAAGUAGUCUUGGGUAAUUUUGAAGAGAAGCAAUGAUAUUCCAUUCCCUAAAACACUUUUUCACUCAGAAUAUUACCUCUCUUAUUAGAUCGCCGUCUUACUUGAUUUCAGUGAAGAAGCUAUUUAGGAGUUUUUCUUGCUAUGCUAAGCUCCUCCUAAUCUUCGUCCCCUGGCCUGUGUUGAAAUUGUUCCUUUCAAUUUCAACUUCAACUUCAGUGACGUAGUUGAAGGCUGGUUGGUUGGUUGGUAAUAACAACAUGCAGAAAGGUUAUGUCAUUAGUUUUAGUUUCUCCUCCCAACCUGGUUUCUUUUGUCAUUGUUAUUGUUAUCAAAGGAGAGAUAGAAACUUAGAAGUUGCCUCACUCGCCACUCCUCUUAUGUGGCUAAAUAAAUGCUUUUAAAAUUUUAGCUCCCGUAAAAGAGCUAUCUACUUGAGCCAUUUCAACAUUUUUGGAUUCCAGAAGCUACGGGUACUCGAAAUGAUCUUCUCUUCUAUAUGGUUUGACAAAACUAUACUAUUAUACUCGAAACGACAGAACAAUGUCAUUAUGAAGUAUUGGUUAGUUUGAGUAGCAUAGUCAUCUCUGUCUCUAUCUCUAUCUCUAUCUCUAUCUCUAUCUUUUAUCUUAUUUGUGAUUGAUUGUAUGUAUAUGUUAUAUGGCUA